UAUUUCUAAUACUUGUCCAACACUCUUCUUUCAGUUAAUAAGCAAUAAACAACUUGGUUCAUCUCUACUUAUAUAUAGUAGUAGUAGUAGUAAUUAUUCAAAAUUCAGUGCCACCAUGUGGCCGGGAUCUGACGUAAUAAUGUCCCCGCGUGGCUGACUGAGUCGAAGUAAUUUAAUAAUAAUAAUAAAGCCGCCUCUCCUGUUUUGGUUUCCUUUUUCUCAAUUGGCGUUGUACUAGUGCAACAUAUUGUCUCUUUAUUCUAAUUGGAUUAAGAGAGAAGAAAGAGAUACUAAUAGAAUACUAAAAGAGAGAGAGAGAUGUAUGGGGUGGGUCCAGAUUCCGGUGGUGCUGCCUCCGAUCAAACCGGAUUUCUACGGACUUAUCAGGCCUGGAAAGGCAGCAAUAAAUUUAUUCUUCAAGGAAGGUUUAUCUUUGGACCUGACGUAAGGUCGCUCUUUAUGACCAUCUUCCUUAUAGUGGCCCCAAUUGCUGUUUUUUGUGUCUUUGUUGCGAGGAAAAUGGUGGAUGAUUUUGCUGGUGACUGGGGGUGGUCGAUCAUGGUUGUAGCUGUUGUUUUCACAGUAUAUGUUUUAGUGCUUCUUCUGCUGACUUCUGGAAGAGAUCCCGGUAUAAUUCCUCGCAACCUUCAUCCUCCAGAACCGGAAAACUUUGAAGGGAGUACUCAAGCUGGACCUGGUCAAACUCCACAAUUACGUUUGCCCCGCAUCAAGGAUGUGAAUGUCAAUGGAAUAACUGUGAAAACCAAGUAUUGUGACACCUGCAUGUUGUACAGGCCUCCGCGUUGUUCACACUGUUCAAUUUGUAACAACUGUGUGGAACGUUUUGACCAUCACUGCCCGUGGGUCGGACAAUGUAUUGGAUUGCGGAAUUACCGUUUCUUCUUCAUGUUUGUCUUCUCAACAACUCUUCUUUGCUUAUACGUGCAUGGCUUUUGCUGGGUCUAUAUUAAAAGGAUCAUGGAUGGUGAACAGACAUCAAUCUGGAAGGCAAUGGCCAAGACUCCUGCUUCUAUUGUGCUAAUCGUUUAUACAUUUAUAUCAGUUUGGUUUGUUGGUGGCUUGACCGUCUUCCAUCUGUAUCUUAUUGGCACAAAUCAGUCAACAUAUGAGAACUUCAGAUACCGGUAUGAUCGUCGAGUCAACCCUUUUAGCAAAGGAGUAGUUCACAACUUCUUAGAGAUAUUCUGUACUAGUAUACCUCCUUCCAAGAACAACUUCCGGGCCAAAGUGGCGAGAGAACCUGGAAUACCACCUCGUGAAGUUGGUGGUGGUUUUGUUAGUCCAAACUUGGAGAAAACAAUGAAUGAUUUAGAAAGGGGAAGGAAGCCUUCUUGGCAUGAACAAGGGACGGGAGCAAAUGAAUUUGAAGAACAGCCUAGAAACGAUAAUCAGUUAGAUAAGGACGAAGAGCUAACUGGUGCCACAUUGCCAGAUGGGCGUAGUAUACUACAUCCGAGGCGCUCUAGUUGGGGAAGAAGAAGUGGAACCUUGGAAAUACCACCUGAUGUAGUUGCUAUGGCAUCGGCAAUUGGAGACUCAAAUAGGAUAACUGUCAGCCAUGGUGCUUUCUCAACUGAAAACCAGCAAUAGUGGUUGACCAGGGUGUUGUUUAAGUUAUUGUAAAAGAACUGACAAUUGUAAAGAUGAUAAGCCAGUGUUGAUAGAGCUUAUGGGUGGGAUCAACCAUUGUGAAAUUAAUCUUCCAGGCUUCUUUGUGUGUAUAUUAUUUUCUCCUUUUUUUCUUUUUUUUUUUCUUCCUGUUUUUGUGUGAAGGCAACCGAAAUUCUUUGCAGUGUGUUUAUUUUGCAAAGGAUCCUAAGAAGAAAUUAUUAUUGCUAUUCAUGGUCUUCCCAUUGCCAAGUUCUCAUA